UUCAACCACGUUACCCUACCCUCGCCAAACACAUCUCCCCCUUCCUCUGUACCGCCCGACUCGCGGUCCAGACUUCAAGAUGAAGGCUCGUCGAUUCCGUCGAAGCGUGCGCGUAGCCCCAGCGCAAGGGCUGCUAAUCGAGCAAGAAAGGACAAGAAGAAGAGAGAGGAUAUUGCAGAGAGGAGAAGGGAGGGUGGGUUGCCUAUUCAUGGUGAGGCUUUCAUUGGUCGGCACGCAGAGUCCCAUUUCGUGUCCGGAGACUUCAGCGUCAUGGACUUUGGCGCGGUCAGCGGAGGCGAUACCGGCAAAAUUGGAGGUUCAGCGAAGAAGGGGAAGGGGUGUUCGAAGAAUAAGGUGAAGGCCGAUGUGUCUGUCACCUUGGCGAGCGCAGCCAAGAAGCGUUAUUCGUAUUUUGCUUUCGAUGGAAUUACAACUACGCAAAUUCUUGACUCCUCGAAAAAGAUUGCGAUCGUUUGUGGCGGCAAACCGGUCGAUCCUGCCAAUCAGGACCCGUCGAAGACGUGGGACGCGGGCCACAAGCGUCUGGCGGAAUUCCUCGAGGAUAUUCGCCAGCGGUAUGGUUCCACCUUCUCUUCGAAGGAGAAAGAGAAUCGCCGUGGUCCAUAUUAUUCCAAGAGUAUCGGUAUCACGCGUGGCAGUGGGGCGAAGACUCCUCUCACUCUGAGCCACAAGUCGUCACAGAUGCCCAUGGUCGACGAGUUGUUGAGCAACCACGACAUUCACCGCAUCGUGGCCUUUCAAAAUGAGCUGUUGGCCGCACACUAUCCCCUCAUCUAUCACGAACUCAAGACAAACAUGGACGCGAUUUGCAAGAAUCAACCGGAGCUCAAGAUGAACUUCCCCGGUCGUAGCGUCUACCCCGCCUGUGGUUUGAAUCUCGGCCCAUCCACAGUAACGAAGUUCCACACCGACCCCGGCAAUUGCCCUCGCGUCCCCUGUGAAAUUACCUCGGCUGGUAACUUCGACCCCGACAAGGGCGGGCAUCUUGUCCUGGAGGACCUCAAGCUCGUCAUUCGGUUUCCUCCUGGAUCAACGAUAGUUCUUUCCUCCGCCAGCAUCCGGCACUGCAACAUCCCGAUUCGUGAGGGGGAGUCUCGUUACAGCAUCACGCAGUUCUGCCCAGGUGGGCUCUAUCGGUGGGUCCGUCAUGGUUUCGUACCGGCGUGUACACUCUCGGAGGAUCAGCGAAGGGAACUUGACGGAGAUGCUGAGCUUCGGUGGAAGGAGGGCUGGGAUCUUCUUUCCACACCGGAGACUUUGCUGGAUGAUCGAAGGUGGUUGGUCGAGCAAGAGCAGGCGCAGGUGGCGGAACUUGUGAAGGACUCGGUUUAA